UUAAAUUGAUUUUUCGAAACUAUACUUUUCUUUUUCAUUUCUAACUUUCAUGAAUAGCGUUCAGAAAAGAUGGUGUCCGCCAUUGAAGCGUGACAAACAAUUGCAAAAUUUCGUGAUGAGGCAAUGAUUGGGCCUGAAUAAGUAUGCUCCAAGUCCAACCCCACAAGCCCAACCGCGCAAAUUGAACCGCUUUGGCGCUUAAAAUUCCCUCUCUUCUUCUUCAUUUAAUCAAAGAGGUUGAAAUUUGAAAAGCUUCCUUCGUUCGACUUUCAGAAGGAUAAUCACCACAACUUAAUGAGGCGAAAAUUCAAAUCCGCUGUUAAUCAUCCACCAAAAACCCUAAAUUCUUCAGCUGGAAAAAUCACUCAACAUCAGCGCCUCAAUGAUGAAGAUCGAUUUGAUGUGAUCAAGGACAAAAAGGUUGCAGCCCCAGAUAACGAAGCAGACCCUCUUCCAAAUGCUGGAAGAGUUACAUUGUCCAAAAAAUAUCGUACAGCUCGUAACCCCAAUUCUGAUACUCCUAAAACUUCAGAGUAUGCUUUCUUCAAGAAGUUGAAAAAGAACAUUGACCAUAGCAAAUUAGAUCUUCUUCAUAGAGGGAGUAAACUAUCCAAGAUCACUCAACCUAGUAAUUGUAUCUCAGACACGCAGAGCACAUACAACGUGCUGAAGUGCCCAAAUAAGGAUGUUAAAAUCCCAAUUCAAGUUGAAAAGGAACAUCAGAUUAAUGAAUGCCGGUCCUUUUCACCUGUUGAUGGUGUCAUAGGUAUAUCCAAGGAGGCAAAACUUAAGUGCUUUUCACCCCCAACUGCAGUGACUCCUGUAUAUCCAAAUUUGCUGCUGUCUCCCCUUGCAGGUCCAUCACAUAAUUCAGGGAGCCAGUACUCUGGUAAUGGGAUUUUUGCAGCAAAGAGGAAGAAACUUUGUCAGCGGGCAAAUAAACUGUUUCUUGACGUCCAAAAACUUAAUUCUGAAAGGUUUGAUUUGGUUUCUGCACUUCUCAGGCGGCUGUUUCCUGGAAGGAUGGAGGAUGAAGAUUUCUGGGAUUCACAGGUCGGGAAAGGGGAAAUAGCAAGUACGAGCUCAUUUGCAAAUGCUAAGCCAGAUCAUGCAAAGACACGACCUCCUUCAAGGCACAUAGAACAUGUUAUAGCACCAGAAUAUAGGAUGAGCCAGAGUGAUUGCUGUCCCAGUAAUUUCUUUGAUAGGCCAAAGGAGAGAGUUCCCCCAGAGUUGCACUAUGAAGAUGCAGAUAAUAGCCAAAUUUCAAACAAACAAAUAACUAUAAGUUUGUGGGAUCAUAGUGAUUCAUUGCCUUCAUUAUCCUUUGACCAUCAUGGGCUUACUGAUUUCCUACCAUAUAGACUUCAUAGUGCAGGUAUACCUGUAAGUGGAGGAGCACAAGACUUAUUCUUAGAUUGGGAUUUCAAUGAGGAGAAAAAUGAUCCUGUAUUAGCCAUUACAACUAUCAGAGGGAAUGAAUUGUGUUCACCAAUAGCCACCUCAUGGCACGUUGAUUACCAGCAGAGUACAGAAAAGAAGCUUGAUUCGUCAGCAUUGUGUUCAUCGUCUUUAUUUACGAACUCUGGAUAUUCUGAUGUGCUGCCAUAUUCUUGUUCAAAAAGCUUUUAUAAGAAAUUCUUUCCAACUGACAUCUGCUCCAAGGAUUUUGGAAUGAUUCUUGAACAUGAAGAAUAUGCAGUUGCAAGAAUGGAUCGGUUUGAUCUACCCUUGCUAUGUAGCUCAGAGGAGCAAGAUCUUCUGGAAGAUCCUAAUCCUGAGAAUCCAUUUGAAAGCAGCAGUGCAAUCAUCCCAUAUCCAAGUCAUCAUGAGAAGCAUCAUUGUGAUUCCGAUGGCCUCAUGCCAAUGGCCUUGGAUACUUUUGGCUGGAAGGUCUUGUCAACAGCCAGUUCCCCGUUGCAGAAGGGUUUAUCAACCUAUAAUGCUUUAAGACUGCCUCAUAUAGAAGAUUCACUUGGUCUAACACAUGAGGAGAUCAUAAACAGCUUGUAUGGUUCAAAAAACCCAACAGAAAUUGCUCCUCAAUCAGUUGAACAUGGACUCAACUCUGACAUUUGGUUCUCUUGCAACUCUGAAGUGUUCUCUGACAAAGCAAGGGGUAGAUCUCUAUUACUUGAUAAUUCAAGUUGGAUUACAUCUGUUGAAGAAAUUUCCCCUGAUCAUUCUGGUGAAUGGACAUGGAGCUGAAGAUUCUCAUAAGUUUCUGUGGGUCCUAUUAUCAUAUGAUGGAAUGGCAGGAUUGCCCCUAUCCCACUAAAGGUAUUCUUUCUCCAUGGUUAUCCUUCAUGUGGCCCUGUUAGACUUAUGUUAUGCUUGAGAUUCAGGAACAUUUAAGUACAUAUAGUUCAAAACCAAAUAUAUUUUCUUCUUUUUCUCCAACAGAAUAGAAUUCCACUGAGGAAAAGAUUGUUAAUUUCGGGGUGUUUCUUGCACACUAGCAUGACGUUAGUCGACUGUGUGCAGGUCACCAUGUUCUGGAAGUAUUCGAUGCCAGAUACACAGUGCUUAAAUAGUAACAAAUGACUUGCCUGGCUUUGAAACAGGUAAUUCCCCAAAUUAAGGUCACAGCUGGGCAUGUAGUAGGAAAUUGAUUUUUGGGGUUGCAAAUAAAAAAACUUAGUUCUGGUACUUUGCUAUCUAGGUUUCAUUCACCUGUACAGACAAAAGCCUAGUAUGUUAGUGAAGAAGGAUAGAGGGGCAGGUCCAAUAUCCAUCAAGUCUCUUAUCCUGCAAUACUAGGACCUCAGGAAUUUCUCGAUUACUAGAAAAUCGGUAUCUAGUAUACAUAGUAUUUACUGAUGGCACUUUCUGAACAACAUGCUGCAAGACCUCUUUAGUUUUCUUUUACCAUAGAAUGUGACACUGCAUAGCCUGUUUAACUGUGAAAAGGCAAGGAGAGUGAAAGCUACAAGUAAUUAUAUCCAAAUAUAGAGGGUUGGUAAUUUCUCAUAACGGUACAACUUGUUUGUACAGGGAAACUGUUAGGAGCUUUCCGAUUUGGUUAUAUGCCAUUUCAUACAAUUAGUUGUACUCUUUCUCGGUUCUCAAAACCAUUUUUGUCCUUGCUUGAAUAUUCAAUUAUCAUGCAAGGGUGGCGAAAGUUACGAGUAUUGUUAUCUAAUUUGGAGGUUUUCAAUGAUAAGUCCUUGCCUUCCAAAGUUUUUUUUUAUGGUUCCCACGUGGCAUCAGAUAUCCGCUUUGUAGCCUAAAAUAUCUGGAUUUGCACCAUAGAGUUCCAUUUUUGAGGGUAGGUACUAGGGUAUCCUUAUCAAACAUGACAUAAGGCCUGAGUUAGAACUCGAAACCUCUCGUAAGCCUUCUAAUUUGAUUAAACACCAGUUCAUAAACUAGUGUAAGAGACCUGUUGUAAGCUUUCUAAUUUGAUUAUACACCAGUUCAUAAACUAGUGUAACCUUACAGUUUUUUCAGAAACCCUUUUGUCUUUGCCUGAAAUUCUUGUUGCCGACUCCUUAUGGAGUAUUAGCUUGUAUAUAGCAAAAGAAUAGCCAAGUAUUAAAUUAUCUUCUUGUGUUCAUUUUUUUUUUUGUUUUCCUUCUCAAGAUUUUUUACAAAUAGAUGUGUCCUAGUGAUCAAUAAAGUAUGUUGUGAAUCAUGAGGUCUCAAUUUAGAAUCUAACGAGGCAAAAACACUAUCUGUGAUCUGUCCAGUGACUCGGUACUUGUAUUGGUGAGAGAUAACAAUAUUCAUAGAAUUAAUUUAAGUGUUGAUGAGGUAUAGAAUUAAUCAAUUUGCGUGCAACUAACUCAAGCAUCGCGAUUAUAAAAAAUGGUUAGAAGCCUUCCAAUUUGACUUAUACACCUUUCCUUAAAUUUGUGUAACCUUUCAGUUCUCAAAAUCCUUUUUGUCUUUACUUGAAAUUCUUGCUCCUGACUCCUAAUGGAGGUUAAUUAAUAUAGAGCAAAAGAAUAGUCAAGUAUUUGAAUAUGAUUUUGCAAUGUGUUUUUUGUUCGUUUUCCUUCUCGAAAGCUGGAGGUCAACAGUGAAAUGUCAAUUACAACAAGGAAUAUAGAAUAAGCAUUGAAAAAAAAAUGUGUAUAGACCAAAAAAGAUGUGUAAGAACAUGCGUCGAAUCUUACAGUGGUCCCCUUUUACCAUGUCUGUCAAGCUCAUUUGUCGAACUUAUCGGCUCUAAUUAAUUUUGGUUCUUGGCAUCUAAAGAAUCUUUCUCGUAAUGUCUCCUAGCACUGUGCCUAAACAUUUCUUUAGUCACUAUUAGUCCUAAUCCUAUUGGCUCGUUGAAGGUUUAAAGCAUACGAACAAGCUGACCUUUUUACGUUCUAUUCUUAACAAUGAACUAUUUUAUUCGAAUUUCUACUCAGUUUCUAGCAGUGCAUCAAAAGGUGUUUUUAGCUUUGCCGUUUUUUGAGCUUAAAAUAAUGCUUUUUUAAAAAAUUAGGCUUGUCCUUUUGUGUGUAUAUCAUUUUUCGAGAAAGAGAACUUCAAUAAAAAUAUGAUUUUAAUUUUAUGACUUUCUUUCACUAGAAGUAAUAGUGAAAAGUAAUUCAUGAGAUCUGUAAAAAAAAACACAGAAAUCUUUUAGGGAAAUUAUUUUCUUCUUUCAAAUUCAUCAAUUAUCUAUUAUACUAUCGCGUUUUAACUAUAGAUGCAAUUUCUGAACAAGGUUGAAUCAAAUUUGCUUUGGUCAAUUACCUUUUCUAUUUAAAUAAGAUUCAGCACAUUGCCCUUUUCCUGUUCUUUUUUUUUCUUUCUUUAGUAAAGAAAAGCUUUCACAGCGUUGGGGGUUGGCGAAGGAAAGGUGUUAAUGGGAAUUCACCUCACUUCUAUAGUGUGAAAACUCUUACUAAUUUAUUUUAGGAGCUCCCACCUUUUCGCUCUCUUCGUGACUCGAAUUCACGAUCUUUCAUUUCUUAAUUUUUUAUUUUAUUUUAUUUAGUUAAUCCAUUUAUUUAUUGGGUUACUUUCAUGGUCGAAUGGUACUCCCGUGAGUGUUAUAUUGGUCAUUUUACUCACCUCUAACAUUCUUCCCACUUGGAUAUAUAUAUAGGCAUCAAGAUCCUUGUGCCCUUUGGCUCCUUUUGCUGUUUGAUUAUCUGCGUUGAUUAGUUCUUCAAUAAGCAUGUGUACUAACUCUUGCCAAUAUUGAUCAAUAGACCCAAAAAUGGGACAAAACACUCUAAUUCCUUUUUAAUAGGAAAUCAGGAAGGUGAGAUUUGCUGCAUCAGCUAAUAGCAUAAAAUUUAGGAAUAUUUAAUGUGAUUAUUUGCACGCAACAAGCCAACAAUACGGAUUAAUAGGAAAUAAUCCGUAUUUUCAUUUUGAAAAAGUCACGGCAAAUCCGUGAGAAAGGGACAGUUUCUUCAUUAGAUAGACUUAGAUCUCCCUUGGCCUUAUUUUUCCACAAAAGAUGAGAAAAUAAUAAAUAUAGAUUAGAAGACUAAUGCUGAAAAUAUGGACAAAUUACCAACAAGUUGGAGAAGGUAGUCAUUUCACUUAAAAGCAUUCUCUUUCUCAUUUGGGGAUGGAUAUGAAAUCUAUUAAAGAUUUGUUGGAGCAGAUGUUGGACCAAAUUCAACAUCAACAUACAGGGGAACCCAAAGAUGUAUACGAAAUGAUAGGAAAGCUAGAGCAGAUUAAAGCAUAUCUUUUAGCCAAAGCCAUGCAUAGCACUGUAUUUUCUGGAGCAGGAGCAGGGCCAUCUAGAGCCGGAGCUGGAGCAUCAAAACGUCCUAAACUAGGCGGCGUUUGAAGAGACUACGAAUUUAUGUAUCACGGAUGUAAUUUUCAUUUUGAACUUCAUUUUGUCUACCUGCUAUAAUAUGGUAAGCACUAUAUCUAUAUCUAUUUUGUCUACCUGUGUUAUAUGAAGCACUAUAUCCAUUAUGUCUACCUAAUAGUUAUUCGGGCUAAUUCAUUGGUGACCUCCUGGUUCAUUUUAGACACCUCAUGUAAGUCCUGAUAUGUUAUUUUGACACUUUUUUUACCUUUAGCAAAAAUAUGAUGGUGAGAAUAUUUCACUCGCCGAUGA